AUUCCUAAACCCAAAACGGCAAAACCCCCAGAAAAACCCCGAAAAUUGACGGUCGCCGCAAAACAGCCUUGAGCUAAGCUUCAAUGGCGGCCAAGAACCAGCAGACCGGCAAGUCGAAGAAGAGAAAGCUCGUCGGCCCCGCCAAGGCCAAUCGGGAUGGUUCGGCUUCGAAAAAGCCCAAGCUUUCCAGCUCGAACCCCGCAAAUCAUCCAAACAAGGCGUUCAAGACGCCUCCCCAGAAGCAACAGCAACAGAAGCGGAAAUUUGAACGUCCACAGAUCUCGAAGUUUGAGAAAUCGGAAGCUGGACAAGACAAGCCGCUCACGAAGCGAGAGCGUCGCCUCCGUGCUAAGCAACUGGCAGAGGAAAGGAAGAAGAAGAGGAAGCGGCAUUACACCCUUGAACAAGAACUUGCAUCUCUAUGGGAAAAGAUGAGGUGUCGAAAUAUUGCUAAAGAAGAGAGAUCCAAGCUGAUAAGUGAAGCUUUACAAAAGAUGGAGGGAAAGAUUCCAGAAAUUGCUGGUUCCCAUGUUUCUUCUCGUGUUCUGCAGACUUGUGUUAAGCACUGCUCACAAACUGAAAGGGAUGCUGUAUUUGAAGAGCUUCGGCCACACUUUAUCUCCCUUGCUUGCAACACUUAUGCAGUUCAUCUAGUAAAGAAAAUGCUAGACAAUGCAUCUAAAACACAGUUGGCGGGGGUUAUCUCCUCCCUCCAUGGGCAUGUGGCAUCUCUUCUAAGGCACAUGGUUGGAUCUGUUGUAAUUGAGCAUGCAUACCAAAUAGCAAAUGCAACUCAAAAACAAGAGCUCCUGAUGGAAUUGUAUUCUACAGAACUUCAGUUGUUCAAGGACCUUGUCUCCACAAAAGAGAGCAGGUUGGAAGAUGUUAUUUAUAAGCUUGGCCUACAGAAAGGUUCAGUUUUACGACAUAUGAAUUCAGUUAUUCAACCAAUUCUAGAGAAAGGAAUAGUGGACCACUCCAUCAUACACCGGGUUUUAAUUGAGUACUUGAGCAUGGCAGAUAAGAUCUCUGCUGCAGAUGUAAUCCAACAGUUGUCGGGUCCACUUCUUGUUCGAAUGAUUCAUACUAGAGAUGGCUCUAGGAUUGGAAUGCUUUGUUUAAAGCAUGGGAGUGCAAAGGAAAGAAAGAAAAUCAUAAAAGGAAUGAAAGGCCACAUAAGCAAGAUAGCUUGUGAUCAAUAUGGGUGUAUGGUACUCGCUGGAAUUGUUGUGAUUGUUGAUGACACAAAACUUGUAACUAAGAUCAUUAUUCGUGAGAUUCAAACUGUACUAAAGCAGAUUGUUUUAGAUAAGAGUGGAAGACGUCUGUUGCUACAACUACUUCAUCCAAAUUGUUCACGUUAUUUAAGUCCUGAUGAUCUAGCAUCUCUAAAUUUAUCAAUUCCUUCUCUUAGUGCCGAGGCUGAAUCACUGACAAAGUCUGAGAAAGACUCUCAAAGGGAAGAAGGAUCUGGUAAGGAGGAUGCUGAGAGUGAUGAGGAAGGGACAGCUGCUGAGUCUGUUGAAAUAACUUCCGAGGGUGGGAAGAAGGAUCCUUCCUUAAGGAGGAGGGAGUUGCUAGUCAAUAGUGGGCUUGCAGAGAACCUUGUUGACAUAUGCAUUGAAAGUACUAGAGAAUUACUUCAAUCCAAUUUUGGAAAAGAAAUUAUAUAUGAGGUUGCAACAGGUGCCUCCAGUGGCAUUCUCCAUCAAACUUUGAAUGACAAGUUGAAGAACUUGCAUGAGGCUAUAGCAUCACUUGCAGCAGAGCCUAAAUCUGAAGAAUCCGAAGAGGAGCAUGUCCUCGAAAACUUCCAUUCAAGUCGCACCAUACGGAAACUAGUCUUAGACUGUCCUGAGUUUGCUUCAACGUUAUGGAAGAAAGCCUUUGAAGGGAAGUGUGAAUCAUGGGCCCAGGGUCACAGUUCCAAGGUGCUUUGUGCAUUCUGGGAAACUUCAGAUUCCAAGGUCCAUGAAUCGGCAGAAAAAGAGCUGCAGCCUUUGCUAGAGAGCGGUGUUCUCAAAAUCCCUGAAACUAAACAAUCAGCAAAUGAAGGUUAGUUUGCAAAUUGUGGCAGAAAAAACAAGGAUUAUAAGCUAGCCUGUUUUUCAUUUAAGGCAAACAGGGUGAUUUGCAAAGGUAACUGAUACCAAAGUGUUCCUUUAUU